AUGUCUACAUUACAUAAAAGAUUUGCUCGUAAAUAUCCUAAUGGUUCGAAAAAAGAAAAUCGACCAAAUACAAAAUUACAACAACAACAAUUAUUAUGUCAAUCAAUGUUUCUUGAUUCAUCAGAUCAAUCUCGAGCAUUGUACUAUUUAGGUUUAACAUAUCAUUUAAAAGCAAAAGAAUUACUCACUUCAUCAAGUGGUUUACUUACUGAUGAUAUACGAACAUUACUUAAUAAAUCAAUUGUCUAUUAUGAGUAA